GAGGAGGCGCCUCGCAACAGAUGGUUAAAGCCGGCUCCUCGCCGCAGCACGCUGGCCGGGAGGAGGGCGGGCGGCAGCGGCGCUGGAGCGCUCCCCGCCCGCGGCUUUCGCCCCUCGCCGCCCGGAGCAGGGGCCGCUGCCAGCCCGUCCCCAUUACUGCUUACUUGGCAGAUGUUCCACGACUGAGAACAGUGUGGCGUGGAGGACACUGCACUAGACGUGUUCAGUCUCCCUCUCUUUGAUCCAGAUUUGCCUCUCGAGCCGCUUUUGACUACUGUGGACAGUAGCAACACAUUGAAUCUGACAUGAUUCUUCCCAGUUGUACUGCUUCAGGUGGAAUUCUGAGUGCAAGGAAUGAAAAUCGAUAGGACUUGUUGAUGUUCCUUCUGCUAUAGCCUGGCAAAUCUUUGAGCAGCAGCAGAGGAGACCUGCAAACAAAAAAAGAAAUAGAAGCCGUUAACACACUGUGUUCGGAGAGAACACUAAAUCACCACAAUAUGGCACAGCAUAGUAUUGUCCUUGGAUUAUUCAUGAUGACUGUUUUAUCACUGUUGGAUGGAAGUUCAGCUUUCCUGUUAAAUCAGCGUCUGAAGGGAAGAUUUCAAAGAGACCGUAGAAAUAUCCGCCCAAACAUCAUCCUUGUUCUUACUGAUGAUCAGGAUGUAGAACUUGGUUCUAUGCAAGUGAUGAAUAAAACAAGGCGCAUCAUGGAACAUGGAGGUGCUCAUUUCAUCAAUGCCUUUGUGACGACACCCAUGUGCUGCCCAUCUCGCUCCUCUAUUCUUACAGGGAAGUACGUCCACAACCACAACACUUACACUAACAAUGAGAACUGUUCUUCUCCAUCCUGGCAGGCUCAGCAUGAAAUACGUACUUUUGCGGUGUACCUCAACAACACGGGAUACAGGACAGCCUUCUUUGGAAAGUACCUUAACGAAUACAAUGGCUCCUAUGUGCCUCCUGGUUGGAAAGAAUGGGUUGGGUUACUUAAAAACUCCCGAUUUUACAACUACACGCUCUGUAGAAAUGGAGUGAAGGAGAAGCAUGGAUAUGACUACUCCAGGGAUUAUCUAACUGAUCUGAUUACCAAUGACAGUAUUACCUUCUUCAGAAUCUCAAAGAAGAUGUAUCCUCACAGGCCUGUACUGAUGGUCCUCAGCCAUGCUGCUCCUCACGGCCCUGAAGAUUCAGCCCCUCAGUACUCGCAUCUCUUUCCUAAUGCCUCACAGCACAUCACUCCCAGUUAUAACUAUGCUCCAAACCCAGACAAGCACUGGAUAAUGAGGUAUACGGGUCCCAUGAAACCUAUACACAUGGAGUUCACUAACAUGCUACAGAGGAAGCGCCUUCAAACCCUGAUGUCUGUGGACGACUCUAUGGAGAUGGUUUACAAUACGUUGGUUGAAACAGGUGAACUGGACAAUACGUAUAUCAUAUACACAGCAGAUCAUGGUUAUCAUAUUGGACAGUUUGGGCUGGUGAAAGGGAAGUCUAUGCCAUAUGAGUUUGAUAUCAGAGUUCCUUUCUACAUCCGGGGUCCAAACGUGGAGGCUGGGUCCUUGAAUCCUCACAUUGUGUUGAAUAUUGAUCUUGCACCUACAAUUCUAGAUAUCGCUGGACUGGAUAUUCCAUCUGAUAUGGAUGGCAAAUCCAUUCUAAAGCUUCUGGAUUCUGAGAGACCAGUGAAUAGGUUCCAUUUAAAGAAAAAGAUGAAGGUGUGGAGAGACUCAUUCCUAGUGGAAAGAGGUAAACUUCUGCAUAAGAGGGAGAACGAGAAGGUAGAUGCCCAAGAAGAAAACUUUCUACCAAAAUACCAGCGUGUGAAAGACCUCUGUCAGCGAGCUGAGUAUCAAACGGCUUGUGAACAGCUUGGCCAGAAAUGGCAGUGUGUAGAAGACGCCAGUGGAAAGCUCAAGCUACACAAAUGCAAGGGGAUGGCGAACCUGGCAGCUGCAGGCAGCAGCAAAGGCACCUCCAAUAUUUUGCCCAACUAUUACAACAGGAAUAGUGAAGGCUGCAAUUGUGAAGAGAACGAAUACAAACUCAGCCACAUUGGACGGAGAAAGAAACUCUUCUCCAAGAAAAAAUACAAACCAGGCUAUGUCCGGAACCGCUCUAUCCGUUCUGUAUCAGUUGAGCUGGAUGGAGCCGUUUUUAACUUGGGUUUAGAAGAUGGAUACCAACCUGUCUUACCAAGAAACAUCACCAAGCGGCACAAGAUGCAGAGGACUAUUCUUCAUGAGGAGGAAGAUAAAGAUAUGGGAGAGUACAGUGGCACUGGUGGCAUUGCAGAGUACACAGCCCCCAACCUAAUCAAAGUGACUCACAGGUGCUAUAUCCUGGAGAACGAUACCGUUCAGUGUGACACAGACCUGUACAGGUCCCUGCAAGCUUGGAAGGACCAUAAACUUCAUAUUGACCACGAGAUUGAAACUUUGCAAAACAAAAUAAAAAACCUGAGGGAGGUGAGAGGUCACCUGAAGAAGAAGCGACCGGAAGAGUGCAAUUGUAACAAGAUAAGCUACCAUAAACACAAAAGCAAGCUGAGGCACAAGGGAUCUGGUCUUCAUCCUUUCAAGAAGACUCUGCAGGAGAAAGACAGGCUCUGGCUGCUUAGAGAGCAGAGACGAAAGAAGAAACUGCGCAAGCUGCUGAAGAGAAUAAAAAACAACGACACGUGCAGCAUGCCUGGUCUGACCUGCUUCACCCAUGACAACCAGCACUGGCAGACUGCUCCCCUGUGGACACUGGGCCCUUUCUGUGCCUGCACCAGUGCCAACAACAACACAUACUGGUGUUUGAGGACAAUCAACGAGACCCACAACUUCCUGUUCUGUGAAUUUGCUACUGGAUUUUUGGAGUAUUUUGAUCUCAACACUGACCCAUAUCAGCUCAUUAAUGCAGUGAAUACACUGGAUAGAGACGUUCUCAACCAACUGCAUGUCCAGCUCAUGGAACUGAGAAGCUGCAAAGGGUAUAAACAGUGCAAUCCAAGAACUAGGAAUAUGGAUCUGGGACUGAAGGAUGGAAGCUACGAGCAGUACAGGCAGUUUCAGCGUCGAAAGUGGCCAGAUGUGAAGAGACCAUCAUCUGCCAAGUCACUGGGACAGCUGUGGGAAGGCUGGGAGGGGUAACCUCCCCCAGCUGCCGCACCUCUGUGAGGAUACAAACUGGCCAGAACUUGGAUCCCUGUACAGCCGAAAUGACAAUGUGUUUGACCUCAGAGGAUCGGAACGUUGGCCU